UCUUGAGCCUCACGCAGCAUCCACCGAGCGAAACGCCUGCUAGAGCGUAGUAAUACCUACCGGUAUCUGGUCACAGAGCAAAAGCAAGAGCAAGCGCAAACUCUGUAUGAUAAACUAGACACUAUUGGAUAUCUUGACGCACCCGGCAUGUCGCAACUCGAGAUCGGGGUGCGCGGCAUCACGCUGGUGCCCCAGUCGACGGGGUACGGGCUGCUGAUCGGGCUCGGCGUCGCCUUCUGCGCCGUCAUCCUCGCCGCCAUCAAGAUCCAGAAGGCGUACCUGUCCGAGGACUCGGGCACGUCCGAGAUGUUCAUGGUCGCGAACCGGUCCGUCGGCAUCGGGCUCACGGCCUCGGCGGUGUUCUCCUCGUGGAUGUGGAUCAACGAGACGGUGUUCGCGGCCGCGAUGUGUUAUAGGUUUGGGUUGGCGGUGCCUUUGUGGUGGGCAACAGGCCUCUGCUUCCAGAUCGCGCUGAUGGCGGCGCUUGGGGUCAUCGCUAAGAUCCGCGUUCCGUACGCCCACACCUCGCUCGAGAUCAUAAAGAUGCGGUACGGGAGGAUCGGACAUAUCGUCUUCAUCGUGCUGAACCUGAGCAACAACGUAUUCGGAUGUGCUUCUAUGAUCCUCACUGGCUCCCAGCUCAUCUACGGGAUCUCUGGCAUGCACUUCGUUGCCGCGACUAUUCUUAUCCCUCUUGGCGUGGUCCUAUACACAGCAGUAGGCGGCCUCAAAGCAACCUUCCUCACCGAUUAUCUCCACACGACAAUCGCCCUAAUCCUCAUCAUGUACUUCACGCUCAGCAUCCUAACCCACGAAGCCGUCGGCGGUCUCGGCGGCCUGUACGAUAAAGUCAUGGCCACCGCCGCUGAGAACUACAUUCCAGGGAACUACCAGGGAUCGCUCUUGACGAUGAAGUCCAAGGACGCUAUCAUCUGGGGCCUGAUCCUGAAAUUCGGCAACCUAGCCCUCGUCGUCAUGGACACCGCGUUCUGGCAGAAGUCCUUCGCCUCGGAGGUCAGCGCCACGGUGCCGGGCUACAACCUCGCGGCCAUCGCCAUCUUCGGGAUUCCCUGGGGCUUAGGCACGGUGAUCGGGCUCACGGCGCGCGCGAUCCACAACACGCCCAUCUUCCCGUCGUACCCGGGCGAAUUCACGAGCGCGGAGGUCAACGCGGGGCUCGUAAUGCCGUACACGGUCAAAGCGCUGAUCGGCGACCGCGGCAUCGUCGCCUUCUUCGUGCUGCUGUUCAUGGCGCUGACCUCGACCGUGUCGUCCAGCAUGAUCGCCGUCAGCUCCAUCCUCUCGUUCGACGUGUACAAGAACUACGUCAACCCGAAGGCGGACGACAGACGACUAUUAAAAGUGAGCCACCUCGCCGUCGUCGCGCACGCCGUGUUUAUCACGGGCGUCUCGCUCGCGCUCAACUACGGCGGCGCCGAUAUGACGUGGAUCGGCUACUUCCGCCCCAUCCUGUCGUGCAGCGGCAUCGUGCCGCUGGGCCUGGCGCUGUGCUGGUCGGGCCAGACGCGGCUCGCCGCCGUCGCGUCGCCGGUCUUGGGUUUCGCGACGGGGCUCGCGGUUUGGCUCGGCACGGCGAAGUCGCUGUACGGGAGCAUCAACCUGGCGACGACGGAGGAGGGGCUCCCGGCGCUGUACGGUGCGUGCGGGUCGUUCUUCUCGCCGGCGAUAUACUCGGUUUUGAUCUCGAGGUAUCGCCCUUAUAAAUUCGACUGGAGGGAGUUUCUGCGCAUCGAGCUUGCGGAUGAGUACCAGAUCAACCCGCACGAGUCUGGGGAUUCUGAGGAAUCGUCGAUUAGCGAUGAGAAGAAAGAUAUUGGCGAUAGGAAAGUUGACGACGACGAAAAGCAUCCUGCACCGCCUGAACCGAUCUUCCUGUCCCGAGAACUUCCCACAUCCUCGUCAGAGGAAGAAGUCUCCAAAGCAACAUCCCCGCAACCCGCGAAACCAACCUCCCACAGACCCAAACCGCAAAAGCAAAUGCGAACGCCCAUCCCCAUCUCCGAGAUCCAACACCCCUUCCCCGCCUCCACGCUCCUCGAGCUGCAGCGCUGGUACCGGCUCGCCUGGGCCUUCUUCGUCUUCGUGGUACUAGUGACCUUCGUCGCGUGGCCGAUGCCGCUGUACCGCGACUACGUCUUCACUCGACCGUUCUUCAGCGGCUGGACGACGGUAGCUAUCGCCUGGCAAUUCUUUUCGUUUUUGGCCGUCGCCGUGUACCCCCUGUACGACGGGCGCCGGGAGAUCGCUAAGGGGGCCAGGGGCGUGUGGAGGGCUUUGCGGGAUCUUCGGUGGGGGAGGGCGGCGUGAGGGUUUGAGAAUUUGGGAGGUUUCAAGGUGGGUGAAGGGUGUGUUGGUGGGGGUCAUAUAUACCUAGCUGAUGAAUGAAUUUAGAGCAGAUCAUAGAUUUAGAAGUGUAGAUUCCGUGAUAAGGUUUCUAAUAUCCGUUUCAUAGACUUGGUUAUGGUUGUAUAUCGUGGCUAGACAUUAUGUAAAGAAAUGAUGGAAUUGAUGAUAUCCCGAGUAUCAGUCAAUUAAUCGAUAUCUGUAAGGCAUCCCCGUGCAAG